AGGUGUGUUUUGUGACCCCACUCACGGAAAGGAGAGAACAUUAUAUGGAUUUCAUUUGGAAUAAGACAAUUUGUUCCCUGUGAUUGCAGACGUUCUUUUUAAUUGGCAAAGGUUGGUUUACACAGGUGACACUGAAAAAGGUGGAAUCACUGCACUGGUUACCAAGCUAAAUGGUGGAUACGCAACAGCUGAACUGUCCUUAUGGGUCGCCUGCUACUGAAAGUGACGUCAGUGAAUAGCAUGUUUAGAGCAGGACAGUAGAAGAGCAUGGGGGAGACGACUUGUCACCUACACCAUGGAGCAGCGGGUCUUUUUCUGUCGGUGUUGUCGGCUCUGGCACUGUCAGUGUCGGCACUUCUCGUCGGCAGUUACAAAGACGUCUCCGUCCUCGUGUUUUUGGCGUUCCGACACGUUGUAAUUUUUGUUCUCGCUGCCCCCUCCUGGCUCUGUGUUGCUAAGCAACAAGAUUCUGGACGGGAAAAAAUUGAUGAAGAGGUCGCCAGUGAAGAUUCAAAGUUGCUACAUCUUGAAAAAGUUGAUUCCGAGACUCGAAAUUCCAGCAGAUAUAAUUAUCAGGAAUGGGAGAACGACGAUUUUGACUUUAAAAGUGUGUUUAAGAGAGAAAACUCCGAUAUGAACAAUACUGAGAGAGAGAAUCAAAUCCUUAAAAAGGGAAGGGCAUCCCAAGAAAUUUCCCAGGGGAAUCUCGAGGAGGCAAUCUCCGAGAAACAAUUCAAAGAGUCUUUAGAAAUUUCCGAGACUAAAGGGCCUGAGAAAGAGGCUUCAAAAGAGUCAAAUGAAGCUGCGGUGGAAAGCUGUGACAGACCAAAAUCAGACUCAAGCAUCGAAGCAGCGAAACAGAAGGCACUGAAUGACGAGGAGAUUAUUCCCCUGACGGGCAUGAAGUCGAUACAAGACUGUGUCUUCGUUGUUAUACGGAGCUGCAUGGGGUAUUUGACGGCGUGGUGUGCGUUCUCUGCUUAUAGAUACCUGCCUCUAGGGGACGCAGCAGUGCUAGAGUAUACCGCCCCGAUUUACUCUGGGAUUCUGGCCUGUGUUAUACUGAAAGAACCGUAUGGCGUUGUGGAGAUUUGCUCUACGCUGGUUAUGUUGGCAGGUAUAGUGUUCAUAUCCAGGCCAAGCUUUCUCUGGGGAGAGUCAGACGCAGCUGAUCCGAUAGGUGUCACUCUGGCCAUAGCAACUGCCGUGACGUCAUCAAUUAACAUGCUUUUCGGGAGAAAACUGAAGCACGUAGAUAGUCUUUUUAUUAUAGCAUCUGUAGGUCUCUUCAGCGGUAUUAUUUCAUGGAUAGUUGUUUUGUCAACAGAGGGCGUGUCAUUUCCGGUCACGAUGUUGGAGUGGUGUGCAGUCGUGCUGAAUGGUGUCAUGGCAUUCACCGCCGCGAUUUGCUGCCAGGUGGCGCUGAAGAUCGAGAAUGUCGUCAUCGUAAGUUUAGGGCGCACUUCUGAGCCAAUCUUCGUUUUCAUCUGGCAGGUGACAAUUCUUCAUGUCAUCCCAACAUGGCCGUCAAUAGUGGGAUCUAUCUUGAUUUUAUCGUGCAUUCUCGCUCUUAGUAUAAAGAAAUGUGCGGGUGCUCAGGGAAACUGUGGUUUUGACGGCAGUCAGGACGCUGUAUCAGCCGAUAAACAGGGGACUUCUUUUGAAGGCAGUAGGCCCAUAUUGAACAGCAAAGGAAUUACGCUAAACUUAAAGCCUUUUAAUUAUUUGAAAGAUUUAAUUCUGUAUCAUCCUCAACCAAAUGUGUACAUAGCACAAAAGAGAGAUAGGGUAGAAAACACAGCACUUUUAGAUAAAAAUUGA